AUGAGCUCGAAUCGACAUUCAGCGGCCGGCGAUCAUGUUCAUAUCGGGAUCAAUGUUUGCGGAAUGAAGGCGUCGGCUUGGAUUGUUGUCUUCAUUGUCAUUCAAAUUUUCCUAGGCACUAUCAAUUUUUAUGACUUUGAUAAAAUGUGUAAUGGAUUGGACGAGAUUGAUAACGAUGAUCCAGUUGUGAUUUUGCAAUCACUUCAUGAAAAAGAGCAUCGAGAAAAACAUAGUGAAAGGGUGGAGCCUUGUUCGGAAUGCGGAAGUCUAUCGCACUGA